GUUAAAAAUACCUAUUUUUGUUUGAAAAUAUGUAUUGUGCUCACAUGCGUCAUUGUAACUCCUGUAUAGCCUGUUGACCCCAGGAAGGAGCAGCUGCUGCAUGUGCAACAGCUAAUGGGGUUCAUAGUAAACUAAACAAGCUUGCCCCCCCUCUCAAAGCUUGCUCGGUCCUGUGUGGCUCGGUUGGUAGAGCAUGGCGCUUGCAACGCUAGGAUUGUGGGUUCGAUUCAUGCAGGGGCCACCCAUAUGAAAUUGUAUGCACGCACUACUGUAAGUCACGUUGGAUGAAAGUGUCUCCUAAAUGCCAUGUAUUAUUAUGAAUUCAAUUGCUGUAGUUCCUCAGUUCCAAUUCCUGGUCGUUGUCAUUGAAAAGCACCCUCCUGUUAGCUUUGACAGACUUGACCUCAACAGGCUUGUGGUAAAGAUGUCCACGCUUUUUUGAUUGCAAAACAAUACACUUCAUCCCUCUAUUCCUUGGCUAGUUUAGCUAGCUGCUCUAUGUGCCACUUUUUCUCUUCUGGGGAAGAGUCCAUGGAAGCCGUGUGGUUUCCAUGGACCAUUACUGCAGCCUAGUGUUCCUGCGCUGAAAUACUACAUCUCUCCCAGGGAUGGUUAGGUUUGUGAAUGUGACGAAGCCUCUCACACAAACCCCCUUAAGCAUGUUACUCCUGACCUCUCUUCAUUUUUUGGGGGAUCCCCCGGUGAUUGCGCGCCUUGUUUUCAUUUUGUUCAAAUGGGUUCAGAAGAUCUUUUAAAGACACCCUAAAUGCCUAAAUGCCAGAAAUAUGUGGGGUACGAUGCCCUAGUAUAGUACUCCUACAUUGCAACUCAUUUGUAACUGGUAGUACACAAAAUAGUGACACAGAACUCUGAGGUAUGUAUGUUUGUAUUGACUGUUACGUUUCAAUUUUGAAAUAGCAAAACAGUUCAUAAUUCAAACUUCAACAGUAUAGUUCAUUCACAUUGCCUAACAGCCAUGCCUUAUCUUUGCAGAUAAUGAAUCCCAAUUUUAUACAAGAAGUGGCUCCAGAGUUCCUGGUCUCACUAGCGGAUGUGACAUGUGCAUUCGGGGAGACGGUGGUCCUGUGCUGCAAAGUGUGUGGACGUCCCAAACCCAACGUCACUCUGAAAGGACCCGAUCAGAGCCCGCUUGUCAACAACAGCAGGUUCACCAUAAACAUUAGGGAUACGGGCGACAUUCUGCUCAAGAUCUGUAACCUGAUGCCCCAGGACACCGGCAUCUACACCUGUGUGGCCGUCAACGACCAUGGUACCGCCUCCUCCUCCGCCUCCAUCAAAGUACAAGGUAUUCCAGCAGCACCUGCGAGGCCAGUGGCCCAGGAGGCCAGUAGCAAUGCAGUGAUCGUCCACUGGCUCCCCCCAGCAAGCUCAGCUAACUGUGCUGUGUCUAGCUACACAGUGGAGUACAGGCAGGAAGACUCCCUGGUGUGGCAGCAGUCGGUGGUCUCCACCGUAGAUGUGUGUGUGAAAAUUGAAGAUCUCAUUCCUGGGGGGCACUACCAGUUCCGGGUCAGUGCCAGUAACCCCUGGGGUAUCAGUCCGCCAAGCGAGCCCUCAAACAUGGUGACCCUGCCCAGCGGGACUUCCACAUAUGAUGGAACGGGCAUUCAGUGGAAAGGCAACUUUGAAUCGUCUUUCACAGAAAUUUGUGAGAUCGGACGGGGCCGAUUCUCUGUAGUGAGAAAGUGUCUGAACAAGGCCAGUAAGAAGGAGGUGGCUGUGAAGUACGUCACUAAGAAGAUGCAGAAGAAGGAGCAGGUAGCCCACGAGGCGGACAUCUUAUGCCACGUCCAGCAUCCUCAGCUGGUGGCUCUGACCGACACCUACGAGUCCCCCACCUCCCUCAUGCUGGUCUUCGAGCUGCUGGAGGGCGGGAGGCUGCUGGACUACUUGGUGGCCCAUGAUGAGCUGAUGGAGGAGAAGGUGGCCUUCUUUGUGAAGGACACCUUAGAGGCAUUGCAGCACCUCCACACCUGCAGAGUGGUACAUUUAGACUUAAAGCCUGAGAACCUCCUGGUGGAUCUCCACGUGCCUGUUCCCUGCAUCAAGCUCAUAGACUUUGGAGAUGCGGUCCAGGUGUCUGGCCACCGUUAUGUCCACCUGCUCCUGGGAAACCCAGAGUUUGCUGCUCCGGAGCUGAUCCAGGGCACCCCGGUGUCGCUGAGCACGGACGUGUGGAGCGCCGGUGUCCUGGCCUACGUCAUGCUGAGCGGCGUCUCGCCCUUCCUGGACGAGAGCCUAGAGGAAACGUGCGUCAACAUCUGCAAGCUGGACUUCUGCUUCCCCGAGGACUACUUCCAGGGAGUGAGUCAGGCGGCCCGGGACUUCAUCAAAUCUACCCUGCAGCAGGACCCCAGGAAGAGGCCCAGUGCCACCACCUGUCUCCAGCAUCCCUGGGUGGGUGCCCACAGUGGAGACUACUCCAAGAACCCACUGGACACUGGUCGCCUGGCCUCCUUCAUUGACAGACGGCGGCAGCUGCACGAUGUGCGCCCCGUCACCAACAUCAAGGGACUGGUGACCAGUAGCAUGGGACACACCCUAUAAACACCCUAUGAAUACAACACACAGGUGGAAUGAAAACACACUGUCAGCAGUACUACAGGACUCUGCCAUUGAUACAUGGUUCCCCAUGAAAAUGUAACUCUGAAUAGGGGAUAACAACUUGUCAACAAACAUGUUAUGUGGAUAUCAUGUCUGUGUUCAAAAUGCCAGUAGCCAAGACAUUGACAUUUGAUUGAUUGAGAUGUUUCAGAGCUGUAGUAUGAAGCCAUAGACGCCAUCUUACUCUUGUUGUGUCCAUCUAUUGUAAAUGCCAACAUUUCUAAAUAUCAUCCUUGGAAAUUAUAACUAUCAGAGAAAGAUCUAUGAGAGGUAGUAUAACUGUUGAAUGUCAUUUAUUGUAGAACGUGGUUAACACUUGAGUAAGUGCUAUUGUAUGUGAAGAAAUAUUCAGCAUUGGUCGCUUGGAGCAGUGGUUCCCAAACUGUGGGGUCGGCAGGGGGGCGCAGAGCAGUACCAGUUAAAGUUAUUUAUUUUUUACUAUUUUCUACAUUGUAGAAUAAUAGUGAAGACAUCAAAACUAUGAAAUCAUGUAGUAACCAAAAAAAGUGUUUAACAAAAUAGAUUGAAGAAUCUAAAAAGUAGCCACCCUUUGCCUUGAUGACAGCUUUGCACACUCUUGGCAAUCUCUCAACCAGCUUUUUAAAUGUAUUUUAUUUUUACCUUUAUUUAACUAGGCAAGUCAGUUAAGAACAAAUUCUUACGGCCUAGGAACAGUGGGUUAACUGCCUGUUCAGGGGCAGAACGACAGAUUUGUACCUUGUCAGCUCGGGGGUUUGAACUUGCAACCUUCCGGUUACUAGUCCAAUGCUCUAACCACUAGGCUACCCUGCCUCCCCAGCUUCAUGAGGAAUGCUUUUCCAACAGUCUUGAAGAAGUUCCCACAUAUGCUGAGGAGUUGUUGGCUGCUUUACCUUCACUCUGCGGUCCAACUCAUCCAAAACCAUCUCAAUUGGGUUGAGGUCGGGGGAUUGUGGAGGCCAGGUCAUCUGAUGCAGCACUCCAUCACUCUCCCUGGUCAAAUAGCCCUUACACAACCUGGACGUGUGUUUUGGGUCAUUGUCCUGUUGAAAAACAGAUGAUAGUCCCACUAAGCUAAAACCAGAUGGGAUGGCGUAUCGCUGCAGAAUGCUGUGGUAGCCAUGCUGGUUAAGUGUGCCUGGAAUUCUAAAUAAAUCACAGACAGUGUCAGCAGCGAAGCACCCCCACACCAUCACACCUCCUUCUCUAUGCUUCACGGUGGGAACCACACAUGAGAAGAUAAUCCAUUCACCUACUCCGCAUCUUCCAAAGACCCAGCGGUUGGAACCAGAAAUCUCAAAGUUGGACUCAUCAGAUGAAAGGACAGAUUUCUACCGGUCUAAUGUCCAUUGCUCGUGUUUCUUGGCGCAAGCAAGUCUCUUCUUAUUAUUGGUGUCCUUUAGUAGUGGUUUCUUUGCAGCAAUUUGACAAUGAAGGCCUGAUUCACGCAGUCUCUUCUGAACAGUUGAUGUUGAGAUGUGUCUGUUACUUGAACUCUGUGAAGCAUUUAUUUGGGCUGCAAUCUGAGGUGCAGUUAACUCUAACGUAUUCUCUGCAGCAGAGGUAACUCUGGGUCUUCCUUUCCUGUGGCGGUAGUCAUGACAGCCAGUUUCAUCAAAGCCCUUGAUGGUUUUUGCAACUGCACUUGAGAAAACUUUCCAAGUUCUUGAAACUUUCCAGAUUGACUGACCUUCAUGUCUUAAAGUAAUGAUGGGCUGUUGUUUCUCUUUGCUAAUUUGAGAUGUUCUUGCCAUAAUAUGGACUUGGUCUUUUACCAAAUAGGGCUAUCUUCUGUGUACCACCCCUAACUUGUCACAACACAACUGAUUGGCACAAACGCAUUAAGAAGGAAGAAAUUCCACAAAUUAACUUUUAACACGGCACACCUGUUGUUUCAAAUGUAUUCCUGGUGACUAACUCAUGAAGCUGGUUGAGAGAAUACCAAGAGUGUGCAAAGCUGUCAGAAAUGUCCAGAUCAACUAGCCCAUGUCAGCUAGCGUUUUUAUAUUUAGGUUUUUUAGCCCAAUUUCUUCGUCACUCAAAUAUCAAAUGAAUACACAUUAGACAUAGCAACACGUAUAGAACUGCAACAAAAAAAAACUUUAAAACUGCAAAAUGUUCUUUGCAACC